AUGUACAGCUCGCCCAACGAUCAUAAACAGAGAUUUACCAACAUCAUCAAUAAGGCAGUGAGCCGGGCCAAGGCGUGUCCGCUACUGGUGGCAGGGGACUGCAACGCCCCGCACCAAGCGUGGGGCUAUCCCCAGUCCCGCCUCAAAGGGAUAGACUUGUGGCAGGUCACAACCUCCUCCUUCUCACAGAUCCGGCGUUCGCCACAAGAACCGGAAACUCCUGAGAAGCUCAAGUGCGCGCCCGUGGUAGAGAUGCGGGGCGACGACAUGGCGCACGUCGUUUGGGACCUGGCCCACGAGAGGCUCAUCGAGCUGUACGUGGACGCCGACCUGAGUGUGUUCGAUCUAUCAAUCGAACAUCGCAACCAGACCAACGACACUGCCACCCUGGAUGCCACCCUGGCUCUCAAGAUACACAACGUGGGCGUCAAGUGCGCCACCAUCACGGCCGAGAAGGACGUUCUCGAAAAGUACCACUUGAAGCACAUGUGGAUGUCGCCACACGCCGGCAUUCGCAACGCCCUCGGCGGCGCCGUGUUCCGGGAGCCGAUGGUCUGCCGCAACAUCCUUCCGCUCGUGAAGCAGUGGUGCAGGCCCAUCAUCAUCGCGCGCCACGCGUUCGGCGACCAGUACAACGGCCAGGAUUUCGUGGUUCCCGGACCAGGCACGCUCCAGAUCAAGUACUCGCCCACCAUCGGAGCUCCCUACAACCUUGAGGCUCGGAGACCUGCCCGUGAGCGGUACUUUGCGGACUGGUUGGGCGCAAAGCCCCAAGAAGAAGAGUGCCUCCAGCUGCAAGCCACGCCGAGAUUCUACCAGCCACAGUCCAUCUGA